UAAAUGUCCGCUUUAGGUAGAUGCACUUGCGUGUCUGUCUGUCCGGGAUUGCCGAUUUCGCACCAACCAACAGUGCCGACAGGAUUCCGUAUUAAGGUUUCGCGCAUUUAGCCAGCCGUUGACAUAGUCUGGACUUUCGGAACUACCUCGCGUUUGAGUUCCGCAUAGUUUGAAUACAUUCCUGAAUGUGGCAACGAUGUUAACUGCACCCCUCACAACGUUCGUGUUGGCUGUCACCCUUUGGUCGAGUGUUCACGCGGAUACAAUCGACUGCUAUCAAUGCCAGAAUUGCCCUGUCCCAUUUGAUGAGUCCAGAGCACAGAAGCUGAGCAACUGUAACUAUUGCCGAACUAUACUGCAAUACCAAGGAGAAAACCAAGUGAAAGUCGACAAAAUGUGUGCCGUGACCUGUAUGGAAAAGAACCAAGUACACAAUGGCCGCGGAUCGAUCAGCCAGUGCUGUAGCACGGAUUACUGCAAUGCGGCCGCACAUGUCGUACUCAGCGAAAGUCUCAUGGCUGCGGGUUUAAUGGUUGCGUUCUCAAUGUUGUUUAAGAUGCUAUUCUGA